AUGGCUGACUCCAGGACGAGCGCUACUGAAGUCGUCGACGACAAGAAAAUCCAUCAUCGGUCAUCCUUUACACCUCCCCAAGAGCAAGCAACCCCCCUUGACUUAACCACUAGCGCUGAGGAUGAGGACAUUAAGAAGCCGUGGUAUAAGAGAUGGAUGGAACCUGGUCACGUGUCGCAAAUAAUUCUCGCUGCUGUGAUUGCUCUCGCCAUCGGCCUGGGUGUUUCAGCUGGUGUUGGCUCAGACAAUAUACCCGAAGCUGCUAUCGUGAUCCUUGAGAUCCCUGGACGUCUCUGGCUGCGUGCCCUGCAAGCCGCUGUGAUUCCAAUGAUCGUGUGCGCCAUGAUUCUUGCCAUACAAUCUCUACGCGAGAUAACCAGUGGCGGCAAGGUACUUGGUCGGUGGACUGUCGGCUACUAUGUACUCACAACCGUCUUCGCAAUCGCCUUCUCCAUUGUUAUGACCAGUCAAGUGUGGGCUCCCUUGAUGCAGGUAUCAGAUAUGGAAGACCCCGACAAACCUAACAAGGCGUGGACAGACGGCUCGGAUCGUAAGCCCCAUGAUAUCGUUCAAACGCUCUUCGACACGCUUGUCCCCUCCAACGUGUUCGGCGCAUUCGCCAACAACGAGCUUCUGUCCGUGUUAGUGAUAGCAAUCGUGGUCGGAUACCUCAUCAAGCCGGGGAAUUCGUCUAUCUUACAUGCUGUCAACGAGGUCAAUGACAUGAUUGCUAGAGUCAUCGCAUUCCUCAUCAAGAUAGCCCCCCUUGGUGUGUUUCAUCUGAUUUUGCCCAACAUGUUCAAAUUGGAUAUUGAAGAAGUUGGCACCAACCUGGGCAUCCUUAUUGGCGGAUCUAUCAGCUCGAUGUUGAUCCACCUCUGGAUUCUCCUUCCUAUCAUUUAUUUCGCCUUCGUUCGGAAGAACCCGUACCCUGUUUGGUUGAAGUCAUCCAAAGCCUGGAUUACCGCUUGGGGCACGGCCUCAUCCGCAGGUACGAUGCCACUUACUCUUCGCGUUUGUCGCGAGCGAGGCAACCCUGACGUUGUCGUCGACUUUGCUGUACCAUUGGGCACCCUAAUCAACAUGGAUGGAACAUCCAUUUAUUUUCCCAUGGUAGUCGUUUUCCUCGCUGAAACCUCAGGAAAGUCGCUAAAUCCUGGCGAGUACAUCCUCUUGGUGCUUCUGUCAACUCUUUGCGCUAUCGGUACUACGCCUAUCCCAUCCUCUUCCCUCGUCCUGACAGUUAUGAUUGCUACUUCCCUUGGUAUUGAUAACCAGGGAAUGUUUGGAGUUGUCGUGGCCAUCGAUUGGUUCAUCGACCGUUUCCGCACUAUGGUCAAUGUCUCAGGCGAUAUCUUCGCUUGCGGAAUCCUCACAAAGGUUACUGGCCUUCGGGAUCCUGAGCCCGUCGUCCACGACGAAAUUGUUCAGGUACAGAGCAACACUAUUCGAAGCAAUGAUGAUCGUGUCUGA